CGGAGGAGUCAUCAAAGGACUUGCCUUUGACAGACGCGACCACAGACAGUAGCACAGAGAGAGAGAGAGAGAAGCCUUGAAUUAAUUAAUAGAGAGAUUAAUCUUAAUACAACUGCAGAACAUCAUUCCACUUAAUCACGCGAGUCGCUGCUCUGCCCUCCAUCCUCUGUCAACGCCAAAGGACCCGGAAAACGCGUGUUAGCUGACAGUAUCAACAACAACAACAACAACGACGACAACGACACACACAAAAGCACACACUCAGAGAGAGAGGGACCGAGCGAGAGAGAGCGAGAGAGAGCUAAACGCCCGCAUUUAAUUCAAGAUGGCAGGACUGCCCCGCAGGAUAACCAAGGAAACGCAGCGUUUGCUUGCAGAGCCUGUCCCAGGCAUCAAGGCAGAGCCCGAUGAGAGCAACGCCCGCUACUUUCACGUGGUCAUUGCUGGACCUCAGGACUCACCGUUUGAGGGCGGCACAUUUAAACUUGAACUCUUUUUACCUGAGGAAUAUCCCAUGGCAGCUCCUAAAGUGCGCUUCAUGACCAAAAUAUAUCAUCCCAAUGUAGACAAGUUGGGGAGAAUAUGUCUAGACAUUUUGAAAGAUAAAUGGUCACCAGCUCUGCAGAUUCGCACAGUGCUGCUCUCAAUCCAGGCAUUACUAAGUGCACCCAACCCUGAUGAUCCCCUAGCAAAUGAUGUUGCAGAAAAGUGGAAGAACAAUGAAGCUGAAGCCAUAGAAAUAGCCAAGUCAUGGACCAGGCUUUACGCUGGAAGCAAAAAUGAAAUAUAGAGCAGCCCAAGUGCAAUGAGACGCAAAAUGGAAGUCAAGUGUGUGAACACAACUCCUCAUGUUCUUCCUACUCCAUUUGCAUUUAAAGGACACAUUCUUAUACGGUAUACACACACUUAUGAAACAUUCAACUUGAGUAUAUUGUAAAAGAAAACACAACUGUUGACAGCUGGUGAUUUAAAUGCACUUAAGUAAUGAAAUAGCUUGUCUUUGUCCUUAACCCGCUACUGUUCAAAAAUGCAUGGGGCCGAGGUUUUAGAUUUUCUCACCUGGCUUUCUCUGUCCAUUGAUAAUUGGAAGGCUUUUAUCACCUGUGCUUGAACAGAUAUGUUCACAGGGAAGCGGGGGGCGGGGGGGGUGGUUGUAUCCUGUGUGUGGAAUGGGUGAGAGACUGUUGAGACGUGGUGAAUAUGGUAUAUAUCUUAAGUUUGUUUGACUGUUUUUUUAACUUUGUUUUAUUGUCUUGCUGUUUGUUUAUGAAACGGAGCUAACUACUACUUCUAACCCACCGUAUGUAGACACUCACCUGAAGUUGGGCUAGAGUUUUUUUUUCUCCAGCAAAGAUGUCACAGCAGGACAAAAAAGCAUUUUGAACCCGCAUCUGGCUUCAUAAAUUUAGAAAAUAAUGACUGAGAAACAAACUGAGGGGAUGUGGAGGGUUUAGAUGGACAUUUUGGACCUUUACUUUUAGCACCUAGUGUAUGUUUUAUGACCAUAUCCAGUCUUUUAUAUGUGAAUAAAUCUUACUGUUCCUAUACUAACUGUUCUGCUUGUUUCCCCAUUGUCAUCAUCACAGUCUAAUUCUAAGACAGAGGUUUUACUUUUUCCUUAGUCAUUAACUUCACAAAGUGAGGAGUAUGUAAGCUGUUGGUUGUUUUAUGAUAACAGUGGGUGUCAGGGGAGUUGAGGCAAAGUACAUAAUGUUAACAAACGUUCAAAAGUUCAAUGAAGGCUGAGAGACUCGAUUGAUGUAAACUGGUCUUUUGCCGAAAAGUCUGUAUACAGUUCACUGUUUGUAAAUUAUUUCUAUAAAUCCAGGGAGGAAAUGAUGUGCUGCUCUCAGAUUGCUUUGGAACAGUUCACCUGCAUAUUGUCAUGCUGUGUAAAUAAAAUAUAUUGAUUAAUAA